AUGAGAAAUAGCAAAGAUACUAAAACGCAAGACCAGGAUAAAGACGAAAAAGUCAACGACAAAGAACCUGGAAUGCAACGAGAAGGAUUUCGGCAUGAUGCGCCAUCUGGUAAGAUGCACUUGCGUUCAGUUUAAGCCUUUAAACUUAUGAUCACGCUUUGUCCGACAGAUUGUUUCCAAUCCUAUUUUGAUGGCAGAGUUCGCUUUUAUUUUGAAGAUUAUCUCAAAUUCUUCCGAGUUACUCAAAAUAUUCCCUCAAAAUGAUCUCCCUGUAUAGAUAUUUAAGCUUGAGAGUGUUAUAUACAUCACGCUAAUUGUGCUAGGCGCCAUUGUGUUAAUUUGCUCGGUGGUGGUAAACCGCGGGGAUCAAACUCACAGACACACGCCAUUUCCUUCUUUUGCAGAUUUUAGCAAUUAAUCAAAAGUGGCGAAGAGUAAAAUUUAUGCUAUCUUUGAAAAUAAGUUGAGUCAAUUGUUUACUGAAACUCAGAGAAAUAUUUAUUAUAAGAGGCAUCUUUAAAUCUUCAUUGGCUCGUCUCUUUCAAUAAUUGAUGUUUCGUGACCGGAAGUGACGUUUACUGGAGUAUUGUACAGUGGAUUUGUGGGCUGAAAAUUAUAAACAGGUAUUAAGUACCGCAAUCUCAAAAUAUAGAAAAAAUAGAAAAAUCAUAUUUGAUAGUGUGAUUGCACUGCAUAGAUUUUGUAUUACAGUUUACUUCAAGAGGUAACCUACUGAUUAUUCAUCAGUAGCUUCAGAAAAGUCCACUUUGCUGCAUCUAAACAAGUAAGACAUACAAUUAAUGUAGCUCAAUAAAAAAAGCUUAGUCAAUAAAAAUUGUCAUUAAAAACAGAACUCUUUUUUAUAUUCAGAAUGCUGGAUAUUGCAUUUUUUAACUUCUUUAUUGCACAUUUUCUGGGAUCUUGCAAAUCACAGGAGAUAAAGAGAGCAGUCCAAAAAUUUCACAAAAGAAAAGAAAGGGAACCAGCUCUCAAGCUGCAAGCUCCAGGGCAUCCACACACCUUGACAAGAAAACACAGCAAAUGGUAGCAGAAUUAUACAGACUGAAGUGGCAGAUGACUGCAUUCAAACAGUCCAUACAAAGACCCCCUGUGUAAGUGAAUCUUCCACUGUCUGGUCCCUGCAGGGGAAGAAACCUGGUAAAGGGUGUGGUGGUAGGGGGAAGGGUGGUGACAUGAAUUAUGAAAAAAAGGUAAAGUAGUUGUCAGGAGUUAAGGUUCAGUAGCAUUGACAUUAGUUGGCCAAUGUACAUGUAUAUAUGAGGGGGUGUAAGGGUUUGCAGUGAUGCGGUUUUGCUAGAUUUUUGGUGCAGUUUUGCGAAAAUUUUUAUUUUAAGUUGCAGUAUUGCGGUUUUACAAUACCAAGUGUUUUGCAGUAUUUUGAAAUUUUCGGGUAAUUUCAAUGCGGUUUGCGGGUUUCUUAUGUUAUCCUGUGCUGUGUUUAUAAGUGUUUCUGUGUGGUUUUGCAGUAUUCAUAACUAAACAUGGUUCCAACUUGUAUGAAACAUAUUUACCUAAAGCCUUGGCCUAGCGGCCUAGCUACCCAUAACUCCAGUGUUAGCUCCCCCAAAUUGUAACAAAAAUAUUAAUACUGUCUCUCGACUCCAACAGGAGGCCAUANAGAAAGGGAACCAGCUCUCAAGCUGCAAGCUCCAGGGCAUCCACACACCUUGACAAGAAAACACAGCAAAUGGUAGCAGAAUUAUACAGACUGAAGUGGCAGAUGACUGCAUUCAAACAGUCCAUACAAAGACCCCCUGUGUAAGUGAAUCUUCCACUGUCUGGUCCCUGCAGGGGAAGAAACCUGGUAAAGGGUGUGGUGGUAGGGGGAAGGGUGGUGACAUGAAUUAUGAAAAAAAGGUAAAGUAGUUGUCAGGAGUUAAGGUUCAGUAGCAUUGACAUUAGUUGGCCAAUGUACAUGUAUAUAUGAGGGGGUGUAAGGGUUUGCAGUGAUGCGGUUUUGCUAGAUUUUUGGUGCAGUUUUGCGAAAAUUUUUAUUUUAAGUUGCAGUAUUGCGGUUUUACAAUACCAAGUGUUUUGCAGUAUUUUGAAAUUUUCGGGUAAUUUCAAUGCGGUUUGCGGGUUUCUUAUGUUAUCCUGUGCUGUGUUUAUAAGUGUUUCUGUGUGGUUUUGCAGUAUUCAUAACUAAACAUGGUUCCAACUUGUAUGAAACAUAUUUACCUAAAGCCUUGGCCUAGCGGCCUAGCUACCCAUAACUCCAGUGUUAGCUCCCCCAAAUUGUAACAAAAAUAUUAAUACUGUCUCUCGACUCCAACAGGAGGCCAUAUACUCCAGAUAUCUUCAACAGCCUGUCACCUUAUUAUAAUCAGUACCUGGUAGACUCUACAAUUCAGGAUCUGAUGCAGGUUAGUAUUUUUUAUAAGGCUGCAUAGAUUCCAAAGCUAAUCCAUUAAUAGGGCUGGGGGACUGCCAUAAUUUUUAAAGUCACCAGGAUUCUCAUCAUCUUGCUUAGUAGUAGAAGGUGCAGAUUUGGUGUCAUUUUUUGCUGAUAAAUGUAUUGUUUAGGGCAAGAGAGCAUAAUCUGAGUUAUUUCUCUCUGGCUUAGGAUUGUGCGACUUUAAUAUAUAUAAAAAAAGAACAAACCCUUUUUAACUCUGUGAGACUACGGUUUCCUUUAGGGGUCUAAGUAAGCCCAUGCCAUGCCCAGAUUUGUUUCAGUAAUCUCAGCUAGUAUAUGGGAGUCAUCCCCUUCCCGAAACUUUAGUGUAAAAGGUGAUUUAGAAGGACAAGUCAAUGUUAUAUAAUAAUUAUUAAAGUGACCUCAAAUAUAGCCUAUUGACAUUUUAAGGGUUUUUUAUAGGAGCCAGAAGUAAGAAUGCCCAGAGGGUAUGGCCACAGACCUACAGCCCUUGGAAUAGUGGGUAAUUAGAGAAACAAUUUCCUUUUUGCGAAUUACACUCCCAGGCAAUUGAUUGGAUUAGAUGUUGAUGUUGAUGUUGUUGUAAAGCCCACACAAUAAUAAUAAUAAUAAUAAUAAUAAUAAUAAUAAUAAUAAUAAUAAUAAUAAUAAUAGGCUUUCUUUAAAGAGGGUAAAACACUUAACAGUAGUGCUAAGACACUGAUAACUCUGUGGCCCUCAAAACAAAUUACAAGUAUAGAUUCUACAACUAAAAACUAUAAAAUAUACCAUUUUCAAAGAUAAUUUAGGAUAAAAUAUAAUAGAUAAUUUCUAAAAAGACAUUAUGACUAAGAUAGAUAAAAACAACAAAACAGAGAUCAUUGUCAACACAACAAAGAUCAUUGUCAUAAAUCAAAACAGUGAGUUCUUUUUCCAAUUCAAGAUACAACACAAGCCUGUUACCCCAAACUGUCAGUCCCCUCCACCCUUAAGUGGAUUGAAUGUCGUCCCCAAGAGUAUAGAAAAUUGACUUGAUAAAGGAGAAAAAAAGGCUUCCAAUGGAUACUCCCAAGGUGGAAUGAAUGAGGAGAAGAGAAAGAAAAUGGAAUAAUGAGGGUGUCAUUCUGAGUGUCAUUAAAGUGGGAAAUGUGAAUAUCCCAGGGACUACCCCCACCUCCACCCUCAAAUCUAAAAUGUAAGGCAUUGGUUUUGGUAAUAAAUAUGUAAAAGUUUGUAAAUGUCAGUUUUUUGAACUGAAAUGUUUUCCUUUCAGACCCAGAAAUCGCUUGGAGAAUGGACAAGUAAGUAAUAGUUUGUUUAAUGGUAAAUUCAGGGUUUGCCUCAAAAGGGUUCUCGUUAAUAUCCUGAUUUAUGUGGAAGUAGCUGGAACAAUUUUCCAUAACCGCCCGUGUGAAACGACAUCCCUGGCCUGAUGGCCUUGCAACAGAAGCUUUCCAUCGACGUUUGGGUUUACGCGCGAGAGGCACGCGAAAGGAAACGCGCGUUCUUUCCCGGCUCGUUUCACUCCCUAUUCGAAACGGAGAGCUUUCUCAUAGGCUACCAAAUCCCUUGUACAUGUGACGUCAUCAGUGUUAGUGGUCAUAGAUAACAGACACUCAAUUAGUGCAGGAUUUAAAGUUGGUGACCAUGUUCUGCCAUGCGCGAUUUGGUCAAUCAAGAUAGGGAUCAAGCGCGUAAGAAACCAUAAGAACCGUGUAACCUUGGCUUGAAAAUUAGCCUGCGAAAAGAGCCGUUUCUCCUCGCUCUUUGCCUCUGGGGACGUUUCGCGCGGAGGAACGUCCUUUAUUCCUCGCGAAACGUCCUCAGCGGCGAAGAGCCAGGAGAAACGGCUGAUUUCGCAGGCUACUUGAAAAUUAGAGUAAAAAUUCUAAAGGAUCUCACCAUUACUUCCUUAGACUGUUCACAGUUCACAACUUUUUCGUAAGAUCGUCAGGAUCGAGCGCCGGUACGGACGGCCAACUUGGUUUCAUAUGUACCCAGGGGGCGGGCAUCGGGGUUUAAAGCGGUAGGGGGAGGGAGGCGAGAAAAUUAUUUCUCUCGCUUCCUCCCAAACAACCCCCCGCCCCCUAAGUGGUUUUGACACUCAUUCAAGAUUGCUGCCCUUAACGCAAAGCGCUCGAUCUCGACGAUCUUACGGAAAAAUAGGGAGCUGUGAACAGUCUAUUACUUCCUCAGCGUUCAGAACCCAAUAAAAAAGGAAUAAUAAUAAUAAUAAUAAUAAUAAUAAUAAUAAUAAUAAUAAUAAUAAUAAAACGAGGCAACUAGAAAAGCGAAAAACAAACAAACGAAGGCGAAAAAAAAGUAUAAAGGUCAAGCUUACCUCUUUCGAUAUUUUGCCCUUUGCGCGUGAGGAAACUUAGGAAAAUGUAAUUUGCUCCCCUUUUCCGUUAUAAACGAAGGCCAAGAGAAAGUGACAAUAAAAUAGCGUGACAAACUUUUAAAAUGGAGUUUCUGAACCAGAUUGAAUCACCUGGGCCAUUUUGAAAACUGCAAUCUCUACGCAACAGAACGGAACUACCGAAAUCCUUGUUCUGGGCUUCCACCUGUGUACUAGGAUUUGAGCAUGCACCAUGAUUGGCGUUUUAACAUCUCAAGCUGCAAGCUCCAGGGCAUCCACACACCUUGACAAGAAAACACAGCAAAUGGUAGCAGAAUUAUACAGACUGAAGUGGCAGAUGACUGCAUUCAAACAGUCCAUACAAAGACCCCCUGUGUAAGUCAAUCUCCCACUGUCUGGUCUCUGCUGGGGAAGAAACCUGGUAAAGGGUGUGGUGGUAGGGGGGAAGGGUGGUGACAUAAAUAUGAAAAAAAGGUAAAGUAUAGUUGUCAGGAGUUAAGGCUCAGUUGCAUUGACAUUAGUUGGCCAAUGUACAUGUAUAUAUGAGGGGGUGUAAGGGUUUGCAGUGAUGCAGUUUUGCUAGAUUUUUGGUGUAGUUUUGCAGAAAUUUUUAUUUUAAGUCGCAGUAUUGCGGUUUUGCAAUACUGAAUGGUUUGCGGUAUUUUAAAAUUUUUGGGUAAUUUCAAUGUGGUUUGCGGUUUUCUUAUGUUAUUCUGUGCAGUGUUUAUACAUAUUUCUGUGCAGUUUUGCAGUAUUCAUACCCCCUUACGCCCCCCUCAUAUAUGGUCCCUUUCAGCUGAGAGGAAACUAUUAUUUUCCUGUCCACACAGGCUUUAGGUGGGUAUCUAUUAAUUAACAAAUGAAUUAAUACACCCCUUAAUUGGACUAGCAUUCCAUUGAAAGAAGAAGGAUCAAAGGUGUUGGAAUUAUAGGUUAAUAUACAUAAAUGAGUAUUUAUACAGCAAGAUGUUAACUGUAGUGAGAACUGUUCAAUAUACAUAACAAGUUUAAAGGUCCAAAAAUUUUGACCGACAUGACCAGCUGCAAUGGUACCUUUUAUAAGCAUGUACAUUAAGAGCUAGCAAACAGACGUUUCAGUUGACAAAAAAAAAGCAGUAGCAAGGGAUGAACCUCUUAAAGGGAGCCUACAAGAUUUUCCCUACCAGCUCCUAAUCAUGGUUCCAACUUGUAUGAAACAUGUUUACCUCAGGCCUUGGCCUAGUGGCCUAGCAGGCUAGCUAUACCCAUAACUCCACUGUUAGCUUCCCCAAAUUGUAACAAAAACACUGUCUCUCGACUCCAACAGGAGGCCAUAUACUCCAGAUAUCUUCAACAGCCUGUCGCCUUAUUAUAAUCAGUACCUGGUAGACUCUACAAUUCAGGAU